UUGCCGUAGCAGAGUGCAACUGAAUCUGCGAUUUUUCAUGUUUUGGAGGAAGGCGUGCUGUCCCGUGAGAGGGCAGACUGCGGUGUUCUGGAGGCCAUGCUGAGGCUCUGAUCGUGGCCAGACGAUGCACAGGCGGGGUAGUGUUGUGGAUCCGCAGAGCGGACUCCCUUCACCCUGUCCACGAGACCGCCUGCUCAGUCCUGACUCCCACAUGGACGUCCAGGGGUAUAAGUGGGUCCGCUGGCGGGUGUGGCUGUGUCGUCUGGCGGCCCUGCUGUCCUUGGGCCUCCUCCUGAUGGUGUUUCACUGGCGCCCGCGACUCGCUGUCCUCGCGCGCUGCCGAUCCUGCCCUCUGGCUUUGGCCGAUGUUCUGCUGCUCAGAGACAGCUUCGGCCAGCAGCAUGUUGUCGAGGUGCUCACGGAGGAGAUGGAGGCGGGCAGUUUGGAGCUGCUGGGGCAGCCGGAGGAGGCUGAUUGGAGAGACACGGUUCAGCUGCACAAAGAGGAGAAAACGCUGCUGCGCUACUACUUGUACGAAGGGCUGCGUUACAUCUGGUUGGACAGGAAGGGGGCUUUCUGUCGUGUUAGUGUCCUCAGUGAGGACUGGACUUGCAGAGAUUUGUACGGCUUCCAAAAGGGUCUGAGUCCUCAGGAGCAGAGCUUGAGGAGAUGCAUGUUUGGGGCCAACCUUAUCGAUGUACCUGUGAAGUCUUACAUGAGGCUACUGUUUGAGGAAGUCCUCAACCCUUUUUAUAUAUUUCAGGUGUUUAGCAUCACCCUGUGGACCAUCGAUGAGUAUUAUUUAUAUGCUUUGUGCAUAUUUAUUAUCUCGGUCAUCUCCAUCAGUAUCUCGCUGUAUGAAACUCGAAAGCAAAGCAUCACUCUCCGCAGCAUGGCUCAGUUUAUUACAAAUGUGACAAUACACAGAGACUCGGGAGAGGAAGAAGGUGUGAGCUCCGUGGAGCUGGUCCCUGGCGACUGUCUGAUUAUCCCCCAGGAUGGCCUGGUGCUGCCCUGUGACGCCGCCCUGCUGGCUGGGGAGUGUCUGGUCAACGAGAGCAUGCUCACAGGGGAAAGUGUUCCAGUGCUAAAAACCCCGCUCCCAGUCGGAGACAGGACCUACAGCUCAGAGACCGAGCGCAGACACACUCUCUUCUGUGGCACCCACAUCAUUCAGGCUAAGGGAGGCAGGCCAGGAGGCAGCGGCGCUGUUGCUGUGGUCACAAGCACAGGGUUUUUCACAGCCAAAGGUAACCUGGUCAGCUCUAUUUUAUAUCCUCAGCCUAUCAACUUCCGCUUCUACCAAGAUGCCAUGAAGUUCCUGCUCAUCCUUGGCGUGAUUGCUUUCAUCGGUACCAUUUACAUAUUUGUGAUCCUCUUCAGAACCAAUGUGACCUGGCUGCAGUUAAUUAUUAGGAGCCUGGAUGUUGUGACCAUCGCAGUGCCGCCAGCCUUGCCUGCUGCCAUCACCACAGGGACUAUUUACGCCCAGAGCAGGCUGAAGAAGCGCGGGAUCUUCUGCAUCAGUCCUCCGCGAAUAAACGUCUGUGGCAAGGUGUCUGUGUUCUGCUUCGACAAGACAGGAACACUGACAGAGGAGGGUCUGGAUGUGUGGGGGGUAAUGGAAAGUGGACCUGCUGGUCUCUCAGAACUGGUCCCUGACCCCAAACUCCUGCCACCAGGCCACAUGAGGUCUGCGCUGGCCUGCUGCCACACUGUUACUCUGCUGAGGGGGGAGCCUCUGGGAGACCCCUUGGAGCUAAAGAUGGUGGAGUCUACGGGCUGGACUCUCCAGGAACCAGAGGGAGAAGGAGAUGCUGUGCACGCUGCAUUUGGAGGUCACAAAGUCUUGGCUGUAAUGAGACCUCCAACUCAGAGAUCUCACUCUCUGGGAACUACUUCCAGUGAGGCGAUCGCCAUCGUAAAGAGGUUUCCCUUCUCCUCGGCCCUGCAGAGGAUGAGCGUAGUGACGGUGGCCCAUGGGGGGCGCUCUGCUCUGGCUUUUCUCAAAGGCUCCCCUGAGAUGGUGGCUAGCCUCUGUGACUCUGAUACAGUUCCAGCUCAGUUCUCCAGCACGCUGCGUAACUUCUCCAGCGAAGGCCUCAGGGUUUUAGCACUCGCUUGUAAACCAGUAGAUGUUAACUCUGACCUGACGAACAUCGAACGGGGGGAAGUCGAGAAGGAGAUGCAGUUCCUGGGCUUCCUGAUGAUGAAGAACCUGGUAAAGCCUGAGAGCCCGGAGGUCAUCAACAUCCUAACACUCGCUCACGUUCGCAGCGUCAUGGUCACUGGGGACAAUAUUUUAACGGCAGUGAAUGUAGCAAAGAGCUGCGGGAUGGUGAGAUCUGAUGAGAAGGUGAUUUUUGUCAUUGCGACCCCCCACACGGCUGAAGCCAUGCCCAGUCUGAGGUUCAGUGAGGAGGAUGUUGGGGCCUCUGCCGGCCGAAGCCCCAGAGAUGUCAUGAAUCAGGGUCUGUACCAGGCUGGUUCUAGCUAUCAUUUAGCUAUUAAUGGAAAGUCCUUCGCUGCCCUCUGUGACCACUUCCCUGAAUAUCUUCCAAAGGUUUUGAUGAAAGCUACUGUGUUUGCACGCAUGGCUCCUGACCAGAAAACCCAGCUGGUGAAGGAGCUGCAGAAACUGAACUAUCGAGUUGGCAUGUGUGGGGACGGGGCCAAUGACUGCGGGGCCCUGAGAGCUGCUGACGUCGGGGUUUCCCUGUCUGAGGCCGAGGCUUCAGUCGCUUCACCUUUCACUUCCAACACCCAAAACAUCAGCUGUGUGCCUCUGCUGAUCAGAGAAGGCAGAUGCUCUCUGGUGACGUCCUUCAGUCUCUUCAGAUACAUGGCGCUGUACAGCCUCAUCCAGUUCUGCUCCGUCCUCAUCCUCAACACGGUGUUGACAACCAUGGCUGACAUGCAGUUCCUGUUCUGUGACUUGUUCCUGGUGACUCUGCUGGCCAUCGUGAUGGGGAGGGGAGGUCCCAGCGAGGAGCUGCACCCGUGGAGACCCCCGGCCAGUCUGCUGGCCCUGCCCGUGUUCGGCAGCCUCUUCAUUCACACCUGCAUGAUCGUCCUGGGCCAGCUGGCCGCCUUCUUCAUCACCACCACACAGGAAGGGUAUAUUCCACUGAAUUCAACAGUGUUUGGAGCAGAAAACCUGCCCAACAUGGAGAACACGUGUGUGUUUGCCUUAGCGGGUUAUCAAUAUAUCAUCAUGGCGGUGGUGGUCACCAAGAGCUUUCCUCAUAAGAAGCCUCUCUAUCAUAACGUGAUCUUCCUCUGUCUGCUGCUGAUCCACUUUGCCGUGAUGACCUCGCUGGUGCUGUAUCCGGGUCCCCUCUUAAGACAAAUAUUCAAACUAUACAACUUCACUGACAUGAACUUUAAGAUGCUGCUCGUUGCCGUGGCUGCUCUCAACUUCCUGGUGUGUUUUGUUGUAGAGCUGCUGAUAGAUUUGGGCAUUCUGAACUGCCUUCGGUCGCUGCGAGGGAAGCGUCCGUCCAAGAAGCGGUACAAACGUCUGAAGGCUCUGCUGUCCGACUCCGCAUCAUGGCCACCACUUGAUCAAACCCUGUCCUCUACAGACCACUCGGUCAUCUCCUUCAGCUAGUGUUUACCUGGCCUAGCAAUGGACUCACCUGAGCCUAACCACGUUGGAUGUCCAAACAACAUCCCACACUAACCAACAAUGCAAUGUUUACCUGCCAAAUAAAAGUUAUUUUAUUUAAA